CUGCUGGGGAGGGGGACCGAGCAGCCUGUCUCUCCUCCCUCUUCCCCAGCCACCUGUCCAGUGGGCAGAAACUGCUGCGCCGGAGCGCAGAACGGAGCGCGCCGAAGCCUGAGCUGGCCCCGCCUCUGGAGCGCUUUCCGGAGCUUUCGGGCGGGACGCGCCGGCCCUGGGCCACGCCCCCAACGCCUCCGGAACCCCAGGCCCCGCCCACCCGACGCGAGUUCUCAGCGGCCAUGGGGACGCGGAGCAGCCCGGACCUGGGGGCCCCGCCGGCGGCGGCCCCGGAGUGCGACACAGAGGUCCGAUCUCAGGGGGUUCCCAAACCCCGGGGGCACCCCAAAGACUCCCGCGAGCGGGAGGCGCCCGAGGCCCCGGCAGAGCUUCCAAGCGGCCAAGGAGCUGAGCCCCAGGCGAAAGAAGAGGAAGAAGUGGGAGAAGGCAGCAGCACCGAGAGCAGCCACGAUGCGGCGGAGGCUCCGUCUCCAGUUCAGACCCCGGCCACGCCCCCCGCACCCUCUCGGUCUGGAGAAGCGGUGCGAGGGGCGGCGCGGCGGCUUCGCGCGCAGCAGCUGGAGGCACUGACUCGCGUGGCUUUGAUGGAGCAGCGAGUGAAGGAGUUACAGCGUCAGAGGAAGGAACUGAGGAUCGAGAUGGAGGUGGAGGUGGCCCUGCUGCGGGGUGAGCUGGCUGGGGAGCGAGUGGCCGCUCGGAGGGAGGAGGAGCAGCUUCGCGAGCUGCUAGGGCAGCAGGUGGACUCAGAGAAGGGCGGCCAGGAGCAGCGGGAACAGGAACAGAGGCGGCUGAGCCAGGAGCGGGAUCGUGUGGAGGGUCUUCGCCAAAGACUCCAGGAGGCCCAGGAGCAGCUCGACUCGCAGCCCGAAGACCAGCAUGAGCGGCUUCUGCAGGGAAUGCAGGAGAUGAGGGAACAGCUGGACGUGGCCCAGCGUGCCUACGAGGACCUGGAGUUCCAGCAGCUGGAGCGGGAGAGCCGGCGGGAGGAAGAAGAUCGGGAUAGUCCCGGGGCCGGCGCGCUAGACCCCAAGGUCCAGGAGCUCCAGGCCAGCGUGGCGCAGCACAGACGCCGGAUCCAGGUCUUGGAGGAGCAGCUCAAGUCGCUGGGGGAGCAGAUGGCUGCUGAGAGCCGGGGGCUGAGCCGGAAGAAGGAGGAGGCCCUUCAGGCCCUGACGCAGGAACGGAGCCGACUGCUCGAGCUUAACUGUCUUCAGGGAACCCCUGGCGGGGACUUCUCUGAACCCAACCAGGCCCUCACCAAGCUCCUCUUCACACAGAAGACAGACCGCCAGUUGCUGGUUCUCCAGGAUCCCACUGCCAACACGGCCGCCGCCACCUCUUCCUGCCUCUUCUCUGUUCACAGCUCCCUCCAGGGCUCCAUUGGCCUCCAGAGGACUGGAAGCCUGUCCCGGAAGAGGGGAGAGAGAGCCAGUCAGAGAGGCUGCCCCCGGCCUCUGUCCCUCCAUUGUACUGGACCCCUGGAGGCCUCGGCCCUUGCGCCUGAAGCCGGAGACUCCGGGAGACACCCUCUCUAUCAGCUGCUGAACUGCGGCCCCAGGAACAGCUGCAGGGCCCUCUACCCAGACAUCGCCCGAAUGGAGCAGCUCCUGCAGCAGGCCGUGGCGGAGAGGGAGCGGCUGCUCCAGGCCAGGGAAGGGACAAGAAGCAAGGAAGGUUCCUCGGGCCCCCCUGUACCUGCCAUCAUGGCCCCGCCCACACCCCCAUCCAUCCCUGCUAGCCCUCCGGUUUUGGAUCUCCGGCAGCACCUGGAGCGCUGGGGCCACAAUCCGGAAAACUGCCCGCACUUACGGGUUUCCGGGGGCUGCUGCCGCGGACCCCUGGUGAAGAUGGGUGGCCGAAUCAAGACCUGGAGGAAGCGAUGGUUCUGCUUUGACCGCCAGGCCCGCCGCCUGGCCUACUACGCGGACAAGGAAGAGACCAAGCUCAAAGGUGUCAUCUACUUUCAGGCCAUCGAGGAAGUCUACUACGACCACUUACGCUGUGCCUUCAAGAGCCCGAACCCUCGCCUAACGUUCUGUGUCAAAACCUACGAACGCCUUUUCUACAUGGUGGCUCCCAGCCCAGAGGCCGUGCGCAUUUGGAUGGACGUCAUUGUUACAGCGGCUGAUGAGAACCACGCCCCCUGAUUGACCACACCCUCUGGGGGGAGUCUCAGUGAAGCCCCGCCCCCCGCACUGCUUCGAGGCCACGCCCACUGCCGGGAAGCCUGGGCCCGCCCAUUCGUGACUCUCCGGGGAGUUUUGUGGGUUUGAUGGCUUGGCUGGUCUGAGCCGCGACUUUCCCCGGGCUGCAGGUGCCUUCUCCGGACGGGAAGCCAGCCCCUCGGGCUCUGCCCCGGGCUCGAGGAAGAUUGCGGGGGUGGGAAGGAACUAUUUAUUGUUGCUUCUGUGAUACCGAAUUAAACAUGGAAGAAAACAGUU